AUGGCGGUCAUGUCAACGGCGAAUCAGUUUCCCCAAGUGGGGUUCAUCGGUCUUGGAGCGAUGGGCUUCGCCAUGUCAACACACCUGGUCCGGACGGGAUUCCCAGUCACAGGCUUCGACAUCUAUGGGCCGACCCUGGACCGCUGGCGGUCGACGUGCGACGAGAUGCCCGAGUCUCGUGCCAAAACGGCCAACUCACCUGCAGAAGCGGUCAAAAACGCUUCGGUCGUGUGUCUGAUGGUUGCGAACCACCACCACGUCCACUCUGCCCUGUUUGACGAGAAUGGAGCGGUCCACGCCCUCCCUAAGGACUGCACCGUCAUCAUCCACGCGACGAUCCCACCUACACAGCCAUCGACCGUGCGUGAGCGGUUGACUAGCGAAUUCAACCGCCCCGAUGUCCGAUUGAUCGACGCACCUGUGUCUGGUGGCGUGGCCAGAUCAAUCAACGGCACAUUAACGAUCAUGGUAUCCUCGGACGACAUGAAGAACCUCCAGGAACCUAAUGCGAAGACGGUGCUCGAGAAUGUCGCCAGCAAGGGCAAGACGCUCUUCCCCAUCCCAGGCGGGCUAGGCGCAGGGCAAUCAGCAAAGGCAUUGAAUCAGGUCCAGUGCGGGAUCCAUAUCCCAUCGGCCUCAGAGAUCAUGGGGCUGGCGGCCAUCAACGGCGUCGACACGCAAAAGUUCUACGACGUGCUCACCGCCAAGGACGCCUCGACGGGGAAGACGCGCCUGGGAUGGAGCUGGAUGUUCGAGAAUCGGGGCCCGCGAAUGCUGAGCGCGUCGCCGCCAAUGGCGUCCGCAACGGCCAUCAUCAACAAGGACGUGGGCAUCAUCCGCGAUGAGGAGGUGCGCCUGGGCGUCGAGCUGCCGCUGCUCAACGCGGCCAGCGAUGUCAUCACGCAGGUCAUGAAGACGCACGCCAGCGCCGACGACAGCUGCAUCGUGCAGUACUACCUGGGCUUCAACUCGGAGCGAGCAGACCUCGUGGUGCAGCGAGCGGGGAACCCCGAGCCCUCGGCGAGCAAGCAGGAGGAGGACGGGAUGAUCCGAGCGCUGGCCACCGCGCACGCCGUCAUCCACCUGGUGUCGGCGUACGAGACGACACAGUUCGCGCGUGCCCUGGACCUAAUGCGCCCAGAGCAGAAGAAGCAGUGGUUCAACAUCAUCUCGGGCGCCGCUGGCGGCAGCUCCGUCUUCUCAGAGGUGAUCCCGCGCGCGUUUGACGACGCCGACGGCAUCGAGGCCGCCUUCCGGAAGUAUGCGCGUGACAAGUUUGGGUCAGCCGACGUAGUGGCCAAGGUCGCCGACAUCGUCGACGGCGCCAAGAGACAGGCCUACGUGCCCAAGCUGCUCGAGGCCGCGCUAGCGAAUCUAAAGACUUUGCUCGCCUGA